AUUAAAGGGAGCGGCGCCGUCAUAUAGCGCUCCGAUCUGAGCGUCUUCACUGUCCGUUCUACGCGACAAUCAACCAUGAUGACAUCGCUUUUCUUCGUUCUGGCGUGCCUCUUAAGUUUAGGCAGCUUGCAAGAGCAGGAAAACUGUAAUAGGGCUCUUUGCGGUGCCUGUCACCUAUUUCUAUCCGUACCGCAAAAUGAGUGUUGCACACAACCGGAAACAGCUCAACUUUGCGGUAGAUGCUUAAAUGGAGCCGAAAAUUGCGACAUAGACAAACGCUCUUCAUCAUUUUGGGACAAGAGAGCCAAGUUUAUGCUUGGCAAAAGACCUUCGGAAUUCUGGGAAAAGAGAGCAAAAUUUAUGCUAGGGAAGAGAGGACCAGCUUUCUGGGACGACGAAGAGAAAAGAGCAAAAUUCAUGUUGGGAAAGAGGGCCAAAUUUAUGUUGGGAAAGCGAAGUCAAUUCUGGGACAAAAGAUCUGACUCUUCGGCUUUCUGGGAAGAUGAAAAAGAGAAAAAAUCAAAACGGGAUGCUUCAGCAGCUAGUAGAAUGCUGAUGGAUAAAAAACAAAAGUUCAUGUUGGGCAAGAGGGCAGAUGUAUAA